GAAACUGUCGCAUGCAUGUCGCAAGUUGACGUCACUUGCUGCCUAUAAACUGCGAAACAGGCGUGGGGAGACUAUUGAAUUGAUAUAUGAAAUACAUGUUAUUGGAUUUUUGUUCAUCAAAGUCAAACAUCAAGCAAAAAUAAUAUUCUUGUCUAGGUAGAGAAGAACACAGUAAACGCGACCAACGAGGAUGUUUAAAAAAUUUGAUGAGAAGGAAAAUGUUUCCAACUGUAUUCAGCUGAAGACCUCUGUAAUCAAAGGCAUCAAAAACCAGCUGUUGGACCAGUUUCCAGACAUUGAGUCAUGGCUCAACCAUAUCAUGCCAAAAAAGGACCCUGUCAAAAUAGUGCGAUGCCAUGAACACAUUGAAAUCUUGACGGUGAAUGGAGAAUUGCUCUUCUUCAGACAAAGAGAAGGACCGUUCUACCCAACCCUCCGACUGCUGCAUAAGUACCCCUUUAUUCUUCCACACCAACAAGUAGACAAAGGGGCCAUCAAGUUUGUCUUAAGUGGAGCCAAUAUCAUGUGUCCUGGAUUGACGUCCCCAGGCGCCAAACUCUACCCCUCUGCCUCAGAAACAGUAGUUGCCAUAAUGGCGGAGGGCAAGCAACAUGCGCUUUGUGUCGGAGUCAUGAAGAUGUCUGCAGAAGACAUAGAAAAAGUCAACAAGGGAGUAGGAGUUGAAACUGUUCACUAUCUUAAUGAUGGACUGUGGCACAUGAAGACGUAUAAGUGAGAUGUCUUCAACCCCCCCUGGACAACGUGAAGCUCUUGACAGUGAGGCUGCCAGUCGAUUGUUUACGUCAAUGGACUUAGCUGUGUAACUAGCUGGAGGCUUUGAACCAAUCCCCAAUUAAUGCACAAAUAAAAACCUGCAUUCAAGAU